AUGGAGGGAAAUCUGGAGCUCAAAAUCCACGCAGCUCAAGAAAAAAAUGGCUACCGUGUGGAAGGGCUGGAAGAUAAGGAGAGAGAACAGGAGGACAAAAGGCUCACGGAGAAUGAGGUUCCCAGUGGCGGGAGCAUUGUUUCUGUCAGUGAGAAGCCUCAAGAAACAGGGGAGAGCAAGAAACAAGUGAACGAGGCAGGAGCAGGGGAGAAGGGAGAGUGUGAACCACAGGAGUUGGCUACCCCUUCUCAACCUAAAGCUGAAGAUGUGAAUGAGGAGAGAGAGAUUGCAGAAACACUACAGAACGGAGAGAUAUUAAAAGAAGUGAAAGAGGAAGAAGAGAGAAAAGAUCAGUCUGGCAAAGGAAAAUUUAUGUUCAAUAUUGCAGAUGGUGGUUUCACAGAAUUGCACACGCUUUGGCAGAAUGAGGAGCGGGCUGCGGUUUCUUCCGGAAAGAUCUAUGAUAUCUGGCACAGGAGGCACGAUUAUUGGCUCCUGGCAGGGAUAGUUGCUCAUGGCUACGCUCGCUGGCAGGAUAUACAAAACGAUCCUCGAUACACCAUCAUAAAUGAGCCUUUCAAAGCCGAGAUGAACAAGGGGAAUUUCCUGGAAAUGAAAAACAAAUUCUUAGCUAGAAGAUUCAAGCUCUUGGAGCAGGCUUUGGUGAUUGAAGAGCAACUGCGGAGAGCUGCUUACCUCAACAUGACCCAGGAUCCCAAUCAUCCAGCCAUGGCCCUCAACGCACGCUUUGCUGAGGUCGAAUGCUUAGCUGAGAGUCACCAGCACCUCUCGAAGGAGUCCCUGGCUGGUAACAAGCCUGCCAAUGCAGUCCUGCACAAAGUCCUGAAUCAGCUGGAGGAGCUCCUGAGCGACAUGAAAGCAGACGUGACGCGAUUGCCCAACAUGUUGUCCAGGGUGCCACCUGUGGCAGCACGACUGCAGAUGUCCGAGCGAAGCAUUUUGAGCCGACUGGCAAAUCGGGGAAAUGAACCACAACAGCAGCCGUUUCCACAGGGCCCCUAUGGAACAGCACAGAUGUACAGUAACAACUUUGCACCCACCUUCCGGGGACCAGGGACUGGAGCUCUCAUCAACUACAAUCAGAUGCCUCUAGGGCCCUAUAUCAGUGCAACCACAAAUAUUUCGGCUCUGAGUGUUCCAGAUAAAAAGCUCCUAGCGGAAGGGCUGGAAGCAGGAGAGAAGAAAAAUAAAGUCAAUGACGUAAUCUGCAUUGAAGAUUGACAGCAGAGUUCCCCACGGCAUUCCCAGACGACAGACAGUUGAUGCAGUCAUCGCAAACCUAUCAUCUUUAAACUUCUGUUGGAUAACACAAACUGUUUCCAUCUUUUUGCGGGGGGAGGGGGGGGCUGGGUUGGGUGAUAAUGAAUCUCUGCUCAUUUGUACAUAUUUGCACUUUUUUCGCACGUUCAUGAAAGACUGUUCCUCUUGCAUUGACUGUUGUUUCAGGGAGGGUAGGGGUAUGGGCCAAAGGAGAAUCCUUACUGGCAUAUCAGUGAUUCUACAGAUUGUGCUCGAUACAUUAGCCCCAGGUCCAUCAAUAAUCUACAGUACAAUGUCAUCUCCUAAACCUUCAGUAUUCCUCUGUGCCAAGCACUGUUCCAGGCCUAUCAGUGAACUCCAAGUCGAGGUCAACACUGUCCUUCAAGAGCAUCAGAUUUUUUGGGAUUCUCUUGGGAAAAGGGGAGCAUAGAUCUACUCUGUGCUGUGAAAUCAUUUGGAGGCAGUUUCCCAGCAGGGCACCUGUUGCCUGCAGGUUAUAGAUUGAUCAUGAUCAUUUCAGCCAUGUUUAUAACAAGGAAUUUCUGAAUCUUGUCCUGCUGAAGGGUUUAGAGCAAUCCUCAGCUUGUCACCUAUGUGUUAGCAGGACAAGAAUAUAAUAUCCCCUUACAAUCCCUCAGCAUAUAAAAAUGCGGUGAUGGAACAUAGAAUUAGUGCAUUAGAUGCAAUGUACCAAUUACCAUUCAGUACUAUGAAGAAUUUUUGUUAAGACUGGACACUGCUGCAAUUGCAACAGACUGCCCUGGGGAUGACCAAUACAAUGCUGGACCCAAAGGAUUUGAAUUGUUCUUGAUGCAAGUUAAACGUUUUGGUAAAUGUCAUUUAAACUGGUUCAUUUGAUUGAGAAAUAAUGAAGAAUUGAACAUCAGUGGGAAGUGGGCAAGGCACUUCAGUGGAGGCUGUUCCUCUGUUGUUUCCAAGUGUAAUGGUCAGGGCCAGGGAAUCCAUUAGUGCCCAUGUUUAUUAAACACUCCCCCAAUCCAAUCACAAGUGAUCCUGACUCUUGGAGAAGGCAAGUAAGCAACUUACCGUUAAUUUCCUUCAUUGCCGUAGCGUCCUGAGCUAACUUCAGGUGAGGAAGUGAAAGGAGCAAGAACCCAGCGAGCACCAGAAAAACACUAGUACAAUUUUUGCUGAUUUCUCACUCAUCCUGGUUGAGCUCUCUGCCUGCUCUAGCUCCAAUCCAAUAAAAAGGGGCAUUAUGGUGACAAUGAUUGACAAACAAACAAUCAUUUUACUUAACAGUAUUAUAAAUAGUAUUGUAUUUCUCACUUUAAUAUAUGGGAGACUGAUGGACAAAUCCCAGCCAUUUGCACAUAUCCACUCCAAAUUCCAGUGUUUUAACUUUUUUUUAAACAGUAUCUUGUAAGGUGUUAUUGUAUUUUCCAAUUGUGUACAGAAUAUUACUGCUGUCUUACUUGAGAUUAAUAAGCUAUUUAGUAAGAAAGUUGCACCCAAAUUGAAGGCACCUGACUGUAUAAACUCAAAGUGCAUCUUAAUACAGUCCCUAAAAUCA